GGAGGAUCUUUCAGUCUUAGAUUUAGUCCAGUUACAUUGAUUGAUCAAGUUAAAAGAAAAGUUUCUCAAUAUCAAGGUACUUCUUACUCAAGCAUUAAAUUGGUAUUUUCUGGUAAAGUUUUGGAUGAAGGAAGAACCUUAGCUGAUUACAAUAUUGAAAAUGGAAGUAGUGUUAAUGUU